AUAUCGUGACCAAUUGACUGUACGAUAUAAAGGCCAGACCCUCAUCAGGUAUCUGUUCGCGAAACCUGCUCCGCAACCGCGCCUCGCUAAACUUCGCGCAGGUAGAGAGCGUCUGCACCGGACGGCUUGAUUGUCGAUCUCGUGUGUCCGUGGGGAAUAAACGCUUGGACUCGUGUCGAGAAUACCUCAUUUGGAAUCGCCGAGCAUGGCUGACGUGAUACUGGACAUCCCGGCGGAUGCUGCGGUAGAGUCCGAUGUGUGUCGCAUCGAUGUGCAAACGGCUGUUCUAGUCGAAUCAUCGCAAAUAAAUGAUAAACCAGCGCCUGUAAACUAUGCUGAGGUGGUUCAACAGUCGCGAGAUACUUUUAAUAGCGGAAAAACAAGGCCGUUGGAAUGGAGAAUCAAGCAAUUAAAACAGCUUAUCCGUAUGCUAACGGAGACCUCCUCGGAAAUGGUGGAAGCAUUGGCUACGGAUUUACACAGAAGUAAGUUCGAAACAUUUGCGCUGGAAAUCGAUUAUACGAUUCAAGAAGUUAAAUACAUGCUCAUGCAUAUUAAAGAAUGGUCAGCAACGGAAAAGCCGUCCAAGCCGCUGGCUAACUUUUUCGAUAAGGUGGAGGUGCGGAAAGAUCCUUAUGGAGUUGUAUUAGUCAUGGGUGCGUGGAAUUAUCCUGUUCAAUUGAACGUACUACCUAUGAUGGGCGCGAUCGCAGCUGGAAAUUGCGUGGUUCUGAAACCUUCCGAGAUCGCAGCGGCUACAGCGAAAUAUUUAUACGAGACCAUUCCAAAAUAUUUAGACACGGACAGUUGCCGUGUAGUAAUGGGAGGAAUUUCAGAAACGACAGAGCUACUCAAGCAGCGUUUUGAUUAUAUUUUUUAUACUGGGUCGUCCACGAUUGGAAAAAUCGUGCGAAGAGCUGCUAAUGAGUUUCUCACGCCUGUCACAUUAGAAUUGGGUGGAAAGAGUCCCGUGUAUAUAGACAACACAGUGGAUAUGUCGAUGGCAGUGAAACGAAUUUUAUGGGGUAAAUGCAUCAACGUUGGUCAAACGUGUAUAGCGCCCGAUUAUGUGUUAUGCUCACCGGAGGUACAGAGUAAACUUAUCGAGGAAGCUAAAAAGAUUUUAAAGGAAUGGUAUGGUGACAAUCCACGGGAAAGUGUGGACUUGGCGCGCAUUAUUACGGACAAACAUUAUCAGCGUCUUAUCAAUUAUUUAAACGAUAAAAGCAAGAUUGCUGUCGGUGGCGACGUAAAUCCCGCAGAAAAGUAUAUCUCGCCUACAAUACUUGUUGAUAUCAAAUCAACGGAUGCCAUCAUGCAAGAUGAGAUAUUUGGACCGAUAUUGCCUAUAAUAAACGUUAAUAACGCAUACGAAGCAAUUAACUUCAUCAACAGUCGGGAGAAGCCAUUAGUGUUGUAUAUAUUUAGUCAGGACAAAGGGACUCUGUCUUUGAUGCUUAGUAAUACGUCUAGUGGCAACGUUCUUGGUAAUGACACGUUAUUACACGCAGCAGUUGAGACUCUACCCUUUGGAGGAAUAGGAUAUUCUGGCAUGGGUGCCUACCAUGGAAAAUAUACGUUCGAUACGUUCACGCAUAAGAAAGGUUGUUUGAUUCGGAAUUACAACAAGAUUGCGGAGACCUUGGCCAAGGUCCGCUUUCCACCCUAUUCCGAUCAUAACCUGAGGUUGCUUAGACAUCUGAUGGAAAGAAGACGUGGUUGGCCUGUUCUGAAGUAUAUACCAUAUAUACUUAUGUUCGGUCUCGGGGUGCUGGCCACAGUCGGAAUUAAAGCUGCAAUAAAGUGGCAUAGUUGUGGGAAAAGGAUGGUAAAGGAGGCAAGGCGUGAAGGAGGAAAAACGUUCGUGAUUCAUGAAGUAUAAGUUCUCAGAGGGCGUGCAUAUAAUUGUCCAAUAUUGAUUUGUGUACUUUCGUAAUUUCAUUAUAAUUUAAGGAAUAUGAUUACACGGAGGAACAAUUGUAAUCCACAGCCCCCGAUACUACGCAGGUACCUUCAAAAUGUAGGAGGUGUAGGAUGCAAUGUUAAUUUACACAAUUGUCACACAUUUUUUACGAUUAAUCUUAUAACACACUAGAGUAACAAUUCUUGUAUAAUGUUUUCAUAUAUCGCCUUUACUCUGUGAAGCAGAUGUUUCACCGCACAUAUGUACGAAAUAUCUUUGAUCUUUACUUAUACUCGUGAAACGUUUGGGAGAGAGUAUUAUAUUAUGGCAAAAAGUGAACACUCUUAGUGGGAUAAGCUCCAGCGAGUCGUAAAAUAAACCUUUGUUGAUUAAAUCUUUUGUUUGCACAUU